GCAACGAAUGCGGCGGAGGCGCCGGCGGAGGAGGAGGAGAAGAAGACGGAGGCACCUUUCCCUCGGAGCUGGCUCCGUGCGGCUCUGAGGAGAUGAUGCUGAGGGAAGAGGAGGAAGAUGAGGAGGAGGACGAGCAGAAAAAGUUUUACUUGUGUGAGGAGGAGGAAUGCUGCGAGCGGGUGGUGAUCAACGUGUCCGGGCUGCGCUUUGAGACCCAGCUGAAGACCCUUUCGCAGUUCCCGGAGACGUUGCUGGGGGAUGGCGAGAAGCGGAUGCGCUACUUCGACCCGCUGCGCAACGAGUACUUCUUCGACCGCAACCGACCCAGCUUCGACGCCAUCCUCUACUACUACCAGUCGGGCGGGCGGCUAAAGAGGCCGGUCAACGUGCCCUUCGACAUCUUCUCCGAGGAAGUGAAGUUCUACGAGCUGGGCGAGGAGGCUCUGCUCAAGUACCGGGAGGACGAAGGCUUCGUCAAGGAGGAGGAGAAGCGGCUGCCCGACAACGAGUUCAAGCGCCAGGUGUGGCUGCUCUUCGAGUACCCGGAGAGCUCCGGGCCGGCCCGGGGGAUCGCCAUUGUGUCGGUGCUGGUCAUCCUCAUCUCCAUCGUCAUCUUCUGCCUGGAGACCCUGCCCGAGUUCCGAGAUGACAAGGACAGCCUGCUGCCCCCGCUGGGCACGGGGGAGGAUGGGUUUGGGGGGGACAAUGGGACCCUGGGGGCCCCCGAGAUCAGCCAGACUGCCUUCAACGAUCCCUUCUUCAUAGUGGAGUCUGUGUGCAUCGUGUGGUUCUCUUUUGAGUUUGCCGUGAGGCUUUUUGCCUGCCCCAGCAAGCCUGGCUUCUUCAGGGACAUCAUGAACAUCAUUGACAUUGUGUCCAUCCUGCCUUACUUCAUCACCUUGGGGACCGAGCUGGGCAAUCAGCAGCCCCCUCCCCAGCAGUUUCAACAGCAGCAGCAGCCCCCAUUGCAGGGGACAGGGCAGCAGCAGCAGGCAAUGUCCUUUGCCAUUCUGAGAAUCAUCCGCCUGGUUAGGGUCUUCCGCAUCUUCAAGCUUUCCAGACACUCUAAGGGGUUGCAGAUUUUGGGGCACACCUUGAGAGCCAGCAUGAGGGAACUGGGGCUUCUAAUAUUCUUCCUUUUCAUCGGGGUCAUCCUCUUCUCCAGUGCUGUGUACUUCGCAGAGGCGGAUGAGCCCACCACACACUUCCACAGCAUCCCCGAUGCCUUCUGGUGGGCGGUGGUGACAAUGACUACAGUAGGCUACGGGGAUAUGAAACCUAUUACUGUUGGGGGCAAGAUAGUGGGUUCCCUGUGUGCCAUAGCAGGGGUUUUGACUAUUGCACUCCCCGUGCCCGUUAUAGUUUCCAACUUCAACUAUUUCUACCACAGGGAAACCGAGAACGACGAGCAGACGCAGGUGACCUCAAACGGUUCCAGCUGCCCGUACUUGCCCACCAACCUCCUCAAGAAGUUAAAGAGUUCUACAUCUUCCUCUCUGCAGGACAAGUCGGAAUAUCUAGAGAUGGAGGAAGGGCUCAAAGAGUCUUUAUGUGUUAGAGACAAAUCUAACCAGAGCACGGGGAACGGGAACGAGACCAUUAAGUAUAACUGUGUGAAUUCAAAGACUCUGGAAACUGAUGUGUGAGACUUUGUUUUUUUGAAACUUUCUUAAAGUUUAUGCAUUGACGAGUGCAGUGAUAUAAAAACGAAAUAUGCAAAUCUAAUCAGAAAAUAGGUUUCUGAUUAGAUAUGAAAUAUAGUGGCUUCCUCUUGUAAGAACAUCCAACCUCGGGACCAGACGCAAACAGAACGAUUCUGAUACAGGAAUUAUAGUGCCUAUUCUUUGGCUUUGUUUUUUAAAGCAACCCACAU